AUCGCUUUUGCUUCGACUUUCCCAAGCAAUGUGAGGUUGAAGGUCACGCGAGUGGGGGUGACAGAGUGAGCCCAUUAUGAUAGAGACAUCACUUUCAAUUCAGCCACUAGCGAAGUUCUCUCAACACCAUAUCAACGUUCCUGAUCAAAGACUGUGACUAUUACCGAUGAUAGAACCAAAGGUAGACCCUGCGUCACUUUCGAUCUUUCCCGCGACGCAUGCUCAGCUUGAAGAGUCAUGGUGUCGCACUUGGCCGCUAUGGGGUGGCACUCUGAACCACACAGAGUACCUUACGCGAGAGGCUGAGAUGGAAUCUAUGGAUCACGCAAAGGAUGGAAAGUUCAUCACCUGGGUGCUGGCGCCACGGGACGAUCCAACCACUCUUGAUUUCAUGUGUUCCUGUGAGACAUUUAAACGCUCGGGUCUCGUCGCUUAUCCUUCCUCUUCUAUAUCCGAGCCCAACUCAGUGCACGAAGUAACCUGUUAUGCCGUUGCAAGUGUCUUCACCCCACCUUCAAAGCGCGGGCCCUCUUACAUUGGGAUUAUUGCGCCGCGUGUCAAUCUCCCCAAGUUCCCAGAGGCAUGGGGCGCACCACCGCAACAGGUAGCAGAAGCUAGCGAGGGAUUGUUCUCUUGCUUGUACAGUGAUGUCGGAGAAUGUUUUUACCGCUCGGCAGGCCCUGGGGGAAAAGAGGAUGGAUGGGAGACGCGGGGAGCCGUUUCGACUAUUUGGGACGUGGGCAUAGAGGAGGGGGAUGACGAUGGAUGGACGUGGUUGACGCAGGAGCAGCUGAACGGGCUUUGGGAUCGCGAUGCUGAGCGAAUCAAGAAAAACCUGGCGAACAUAUUGACAAGUGAUACUUCAUACGAGGUGGAGCGCCCGACAGCAUUUGUGACGUAUUUGCCAACAAACGGUGUCUGCGGGUUCCACAUCCCACGUUCAACAUACGCCUCGAAUGUUUCUAUGGCAGGCGGAUUCUGGGGUAUACAGUCCUUGAACGACCCAGACACAUAUGCAUGCUGGAGCAUAGACCUGAGACCUCCCCCGCCAACGUUAAUCAUUACGCGACUCUGUGCCAGUGAAGAGACCUUCCCUGGGCUAAUUGCGAAGAUCAGACAGGCGGCUAGACGAAGCGGAAUUGGGAAAGUAGAGGUAUGGAAGUUGGGAGAACGAUUAAGGGACAUUGCGGAGAGGACAGGUGGGCAGACAGUCAUACGAAACGAACAUAUACCACAGAUGAUGUGGUAUGGACCCGGAACAACGGGAAAUAUAGAGUGGGUGUAUAACGAAAAGUGA